UUUCACAUCACGAUAAUAUUAUCACCUCCAUCACAUACAUAGUUUUUCCAAUCCCAUAUCUGAUCGAAUUCCAAGAUAAAAAAAAAUUAUUAAAAAAAAAAAAAAAAAAAGACACACAACAGCCAGGAAUUGUCACCUAAAAUAUGAGCCAAGAGCAGCCACUGAGACCUCAGGACAACGAGCCCAUCAAGAUUGAUGGGGAUGUUUUCUCCGACGCAAAGGAAGAGCUGGCGCAGAAGCCGGUAGUGCCUAAGGACGCCGAAAUUAUGCAGGCAGCCGAGACUGCCUUUCUUGGACACACCGCCAAGGGCGAUGCUGCGGCGGCUAUGCAGUCGGCGGCAACGAAAAACGAGAAUGCCGGUCUGGUGGGUCAUGAUGAUAAGAGCAACAUUGCCGACAAAGAUAUUAGCAUCACGGAGACAGAUCUUCCGGGUAGGCGUAUAAUCACCGAGGCGGUUGGCGGACAGGCUGCGAAAUCCAAUCAAAUCUCAAGCAAUGUAGAUGAAAAGCAAAGGAAAAUCCAAAAAUUAGUUGAGGUGGUUGGACUAUUUAGCCAGCGAGUUCCAUUGGCACCCCCUUCUACUGCUAUUCAACAAGGUGCCAAUUCAGGCGGCAUCACAAUCGGCGAAGCACUCGAAGCUACCGCCAUGACCGCAGGCCAGAAACCGGUGGAGUGGAGCGACGCGGCCGCUAUCCAAGCGGCUGAAGUUAGAGCAACUGGCCGUACAAACAUAGUUCCCGGUGGUGUGGCCGCCGCGGCUCAAUCAGCUGCUACUCUCAAUGCUCGUGCAACCAGGGACGAGGACAAGACUAAACUCGCCGAGGUUCUUGCGGGUGCUGCUUCGAGAUUACCAUCUGAUAAACCAGCGACACGGCGAGAUGCGGAGGGGGUGACAAGUGCAGAAAUGAGGAACGAUCCCUAUCUCACUACACAUCCCACGGGAGUGGCAGCUUCGGUGGCUGCAGCUGCUAGGCUCAAUCAGAUUAACAACAACAAUAACAAUAACAACAACAACAACAACAACAACAACAACAACAACAACAAUAAUACUCAAGCACCAAAUCAAGCAGCAGCAGCAGCUUCUACCUAAUUGGCUAUAACUCUUGUAUUUUUGUUUUUAUGAGAGAUGUUAGAAGAGAGAACUUAAAGAGGAAUAAGAAAGAGAUAAAGAAUUUGAGAAGAAAUGGAAAACAAAAGUUUGGGAGUUUAGAAUGAAAGUUCAUAUUGGAUUUUAUGGUUUGGCUGUACUAAUGAGGGUUUUGUAUUUAUAUCUCCUUUGGUUUGUUCUUAUGUAAUCAUCAUCGUCAUGUGGGCAUGAAUAAAUCGGCCUUCACACUUUUUGUAAA